AUGAUAAGAUGUGCAAAGAAAACUAUUCCCAAAGGCAAGACUAAACACCUCCGAGUGUUUUGGUCAAGACAACUUGAGGAACUGAAAAGAAAGAGGGACGCCUUUCGCAACACUGCUGAUCAGACUGGAAGAACGGAAGACGUACAAGCCUGGAGACGACAAUCAGCUAUCCUAAGACAUGCCAUCUUACAAGCUAAACGGACUUCCUUCGAUAAAUUUAUCUCAAAUAUCAACUAUCAAAUUGAUAGCUAA